UCCUCUCUCUCUCUCUCUCUCUCUCUCUCUCUCUCUCUCUCUCUCUAGAUUCUCUCUCUAGGCCACCUUCUCCUCGACUCCUUCCGCCGUCCCCCACUAGCACAGAGCCCAAUGCGGAGCAAACCCUAGUGUGCCCCCACCACCGCGGCACCGCCUGAUCUCGCGCGGCCAUGGGGAACUGCUGCCGGUCGCCGGCGGCCGCGGCGAGGGAGGACGUGAAGACGUCGCACUUCCCGGCCUCUGCAGGCGGCGGCGGCGGGAAGAAGAAGCCUCACCAGGCGCGGAACGGGGGAGGAGGGGCGGGAGGGGGAGGGGGAGGCGGGGAGAAGAAGCGGCUGUCGGUGCUCGGGGAGGAGGGGUGCGAGGUGAGCGGCGGGAUCGAGGAGAAGUACGCGCUGGACAGGGAGCUGGGGCGGGGGGAGUUCGGGGUGACGUACCUGUGCAUGGAUCGGGGCACGCGGGAGCUGCUCGCGUGCAAGUCGAUCUCGAAGCGGAAGCUGCGGACGCCGGUGGACGUGGAGGACGUGCGGCGGGAGGUGGCCAUCAUGCGGCACCUGCCCAAGAGCGCCAGCAUCGUGUCGCUGCGGGAGGCGUGCGAGGACGACGGCGCCGUGCACCUAGUCAUGGAGCUGUGCGAGGGAGGGGAGCUGUUCGACCGCAUCGUCGCGAGGGGCCACUACACGGAGCGCGCGGCGGCCGCGGUCACGCGCACCAUCGUCGAGGUCGUGCAGCUCUGCCACCGCCACGGUGUGAUCCACCGGGACCUCAAGCCCGAGAACUUCCUCUUCGCCAACAAGAAAGAGAAUUCCCCACUCAAGGCCAUCGACUUCGGCCUCUCCAUCUUCUUCAAGCCUGGUGAAAAAUUUUCUGAAAUUGUGGGGAGUCCAUAUUACAUGGCUCCUGAAGUGCUGAAGAGAAAUUAUGGGCCUGAAAUAGACAUAUGGAGUGCUGGUGUCAUCUUGUAUAUUUUGUUAUGCGGAGUUCCCCCAUUUUGGGCUGAGACUGAACAAGGAGUGGCACAAGCUAUACUUCGUGGAAAUAUAGAUUUUAAGCGAGAACCAUGGCCCAAUGUGUCUGAUAAUGCUAAAGAUCUAGUUCGGCAGAUGCUUCAGCCUGACCCAAAACUCCGGCUAACAGCAAAGCAAGUUCUUGAGCAUACCUGGCUUCAAAAUGCUAAGAAGGCUCCUAAUGUUCCACUUGGAGAUAUUGUAAAGUCAAGGCUGAAACAGUUUUCAAGGAUGAACAGAUUCAAAAGAAGAGCUCUAAGGGUUAUUGCUGAUCACUUAUCAGCUGAAGAGGUUGAGGACAUAAAGGACAUGUUCAAGGUGAUGGAUACCGAUAAUGAUGGUAUAGUCUCUUAUGAAGAGUUAAAGAGUGGAAUCGCAAAAUUUGGUUCCCAUCUUGCAGAAUCUGAAGUGCAAAUGCUUAUUGAAGCUGUGGACACAAAUGGUAGGGGAGCACUAGAUUAUGGUGAAUUUUUGGCCGUUUCACUACAUUUACAAAGGAUGGCAAACGAUGAGCACCUCCGGCGAGCCUUCCUAUUUUUCGACAAGGAUGGCAAUGGCUAUAUUGAGCCCGAGGAGCUUCAGGAGGCUCUGGUGGAGGAUGGGGCAGCUGAUAUAAUGGAAGUGGUGAAGGACAUACUGCAAGAGGUUGACACUGACAAGGAUGGCAAAAUUAGCUACGAAGAAUUUGUAGCAAUGAUGAAGACCGGAACAGAUUGGAGAAAGGCAUCACGGCAUUAUUCAAGAGGCCGUUUCAACAGCCUUAGCAUAAGGCUUAUAAAGGAUGGAUCUGUAAAAUUGGGUAAUGAGCUUGCGUUUUGGGCGAGAUCGCCGGGCAUGUCGGCGCUGGGCGCGGAGGGGGCGGCGAUGGGCUUCCUCCCGCCCACCGAGCACGGCUUCGCGCGUUCGCCGCCCGCGCUUCGGGAGGAGGAGGAUGAGGAGGUCCUCGCGGCGCGUUCGUCCGCCGAUCGGGGCGGUCGUGACGGCGCGGGCUCCGGCGACCCGGAGCUGCCGCCAUUGCGGAUGCCCACCUCCUACGCGGCGCUCGGUGGCGCGCUCGACGCCAGCCCUGCUGGCUCCAGCUCCUCCUCCGACUCCUUCGUCAGCAUGAGCUCCACGCUCUCAGGGCUGCUGAAUCCGUACGGUGUGUGGUCGCCGCGCGCGCCGUCGGAGGCGUCGUCCUCGGAGAUGGAGUUCGGCACCGCGCGCGAGUACGACACCACCGACCUCUUCUUCGGCGAGAAUUGGCUCUACGACGACCACCUUUUCCACGGCAAAUCGGGCGACGACAAGAGCGACGAUGGCGACGGGGAGGACAAGUUCAUCGUUGGCGCUGACUCUCGUGCCCAGUGGAGCGAAGCACGUGAGCUCGCAGAUGGCGGUGGCCGACACCAAGUGCACAGGAAAGCCAAUGCUGAUGCCGCAGUGUAUACCUGCUCCUCAGCGCCCUGCAGUUGCUGCUACGGAGUGGGGAAGAGUGAUGAAUUGUUGAAGGAUUCUUGCUCCGCUGUGUAUGGGAGGUACCUGAUCAUGGAUGACCAGACAGAGUUGCUGGAUGAGUGUAAUGCAGAUGCAUUCCUGUUCAGACGGGAUGGAGAUGCCAUGCUGAGAAGUGAACAAGCAAUGGAUUUGAAAGGUGAAGAUAUCGAGUUGCUGGAUAUGAGUACGGUGGAGAAGGAGCUUCAGAUGCUCAGUCCGUAUUUGGCUAUGGCAGAUGCUCUUCAGAAGCCUGAGCUUGAACAUGAUUCCAGUGGCAACGGUGAAUUAGAUAUUAACAUUGUUAAGAACGAGAAAACUGUCGAUGACAAAGAGCUUCUAAAAAAUAGUUACAGCAUACAUUCUUUUCCUGAGAUAGGUGACCCUCUAGAUGUUUAUGAGACAGAGGACUUUGGACGAACAGAUACAGGCGCUCAAAAUUCUACAACCACUAAAAUAGAGGAAGAUGCGAGAACAGAUAUUGAUCUUGCACUUUCUAAAUUUCAUGAAGAAUAUGAGGUAUUUGAGCUGAGAAUUUUUCAUCGGAAGAACAGGACUGGUUUUGAGGAAAACAAAGAGUUCCCUAUUGUCAUGAACUCAGUUGUAGGCGGAAGAUAUCGCAUCACUGAGUAUCUCGGCUCAGCUGCUUUUAGCAAGGUUGUACGGGCACAUGAUCUUUGGACAGGAAUGGAUGUCUGCCUGAAAAUAAUAAAAAACGACAAGGAUUUCUUUGACCAGAGCUUGGACGAGAUAAAACUCCUUAAAUUUGUAAACAAAUACGAUCCUGAUGAUGAACAUCAUAUAUUGCGUCUCUACGAUUUUUUCUACUAUCAGGAACAUCUUUUCAUUGUCACUGAAUUGCUACGGGCGAAUCUGUAUGAAUUUCAAAAAUAUAACCAAGAGUCUGGUGAUGAAGUGUACUUUUCAUUGCACAGAAUACAGGCUAUAGCCCGACAAUGCUUGGAAGCUUUGGUGUAUUUGCAUCAUUUAAAUAUCGUUCACUGCGACCUUAAACCAGAGAAUAUCCUCAUGAAGAGUUACAGUAGAUGUGAAAUUAAGGUUAUUGAUCUUGGAAGCAGUUGCUUCUUGACAGACAAUUUAAGCUUAUAUGUCCAGUCACGUUCUUACAGAGCCCCCGAGGUCAUUCUAGGUCUUCCAUACGAUCAGAAGAUUGACAUUUGGUCUCUCGGCUGCAUCUUGGCUGAGCUGUACACCGGUGAAGUGCUCUUUCCUAAUGAAUCAGUACAAAUAAUUCUUGCUCGGAUGAUGGGGACAAUUGGUCCGAUUGACACGGAAAUGCUUGCACUGGGACAAGACACUCAGAAGUACUUUACAGAAGACCAUGACCUGUUCCACAGGAAUGAGGAGACGGAUCAGUUGGAAUACUUGAUCCCAGAGAAGACCUCCUUGAGGCGUCGCUUGCAAUGCCCGGACACAAAAUUUGUUAAAUUUCUCUCUUACCUGUUACAAAUCAACCCCAGAAAGAGACCAACAGCCAGUGAGGCAUUGCAGCAUCCAUGGCUUUCAUACGUGUAUCGUUGAGAUGUCAACCCGAUAUCUGUACACAGGAGGGAUCGCUUUUUGUAAGUUCCAUUUGCACCAGGAUUUGGCUUUUCGUUUUUUUCAGGGCAAUCCUUGGCAUCGAGACCCUGUUUUGCGAGGUGAACGCAAACUUGUUCGUGCAUGUAAAUAUGAGAAGGGAAAAAAAAUCCCUGUUGCAUCUGUACAGUUGCCAUUUUCUCUGAUGUACUUCACCCAACUCAUCAAUAGAAAGCAAACGGUGUUUCAAGUUUUUAACA